GCGGAACCAGCAGCAAGAUGAGGGGCUCAGAUCUUCAUGUCCAGGAGUCUAUAUUUAGCCUGUAAUCUGUUGAGCUCAUUAAAGGACUGACGGAGGAAGAGGAGGAAGAUCUGAUUAAUGACGGAUCUGUGUUCUGAUCCAUCCUGACGUCUCUGACCCGGUUCCGGUUCUGCAGUACCAUGCUGACCCCGCUGUUCCGAGCCCACGGCCUCCUGGUGGCCUCCCAUCCCUGGGAGGUGAUCGUGGGGACGGUGACCCUCACCAUCUGCAUGAUGUCCAUGAACAUGUUCACUGGGAACGACCAGAUCUGUGGAUGGAACCUGGACUGUCCCAAGCCAGAGGAGGAAGUGCUGAGCAGUGACAUCAUCAUCCUGACCAUCACACGCUGCAUCGCCAUCAUCUACAUUUACUUCCAGUUCCAGAGUUUAAGGCAGCUGGGAUCCAAAUAUAUUCUGGGCAUCGCCGGUCUGUUCACCAUAUUCUCCAGCUUUGUUUUCAGCACCGUCGUCAUUCACUUCUUCGAUAAAGAACUCACCGGCCUCAAUGAGGCCCUGCCCUUCUUCCUGCUCCUCAUCGACCUCUCCAAAGCCUGCGCUCUUGCCAAGUUUGCCCUAAGCUCCAGUUCUCAGGAUGAAGUCAGGAACAACAUUGCUUCUGGCAUGGCUGUGCUGGGUCCCACCUUCACGUUGGAUGCUCUGGUGGAGUGUUUGGUGAUCGGCGUGGGAACCAUGUCAGGUGUGCGGCAGCUGGAAAUCAUGUGUGGCUUUGGAUGCAUGUCUGUGUUGGCCAACUACUUUGUGUUCAUGACCUUCUUUCCUGCAUGUGUCUCUCUGGUCCUGGAGUUGUCCCGUGAGAGCCAGGAGGGCCAUCCGAUCUGGCAGCUAAGCCACUUCUCCAGGGUGAUGGAAGAGGAGGACAAUAAACCCAACCCUGUGACCCAGAGAGUCAAAAUGAUCAUGUCUCUGGGUCUGGUGAUGGUUCAUGCCCACAGCCGCUGGAUCUCCAAGCCUCUGUCCAACCCCAUGGCAGAACUCCCCCAGGUGGGCAUAGAGCUGGAUCACCUUUCACCCAGGAGGAUCGAGCCGGAGACGUCGCUGUGGCACUUCUACCUGAGCAGGAUGAUAACUAUGGACGUGGAACAGGUCAUCUGUCUGACUUUGGCCCUGCUGCUCGCUAUCAAAUACAUCUUUUUUGAACAAGUGGAGGUGGAGUCUACGCUAUCACUAAGGAAACCCAGUGCACCAUAUCCAGCACACACUGAAACCUGCUGCAUGAAGGAGCUGCCUGCUGCCACGACCUCCGCUGCUACACCCCCCGCUACUACACCCUCCACUGACACACCCUCCACUGCUGCUCCUGUUAACAUGGUGCAGAAAGAUGAAGUUAUCCGACCACUUUCUUCCUCCUCUGCUGAUUGUCAGCAGAAGAGCUUCUUCAUCACUGAAGAAGAAGAAGAGGUCAAACCUGAGACAGCUCCAUCUGAGUUCUCCCCACAGCCAAGAGGACUGGAUGACUGUGUUACCAUCCUCAACAAUCCUGAGCUGGGACCCCGUUUCCUCAGUGAUGUUGAAGUAAUGCUGCUGGUGACCUCCAAACACAUCCCUGCAUACAAACUGGAGGCUGUGAUGGAGACACCAGAAAGAGGAGUGUCAAUACGAAGACAGAUGAUCUCGACCAAACUGUCCUGCAGCUCCGCCCUCUCCUCUCUGCCAUAUACCGACUACGAUUACUCUAAGGUUGUAGGAACCUGCUGUGAGAAUGUGAUUGGUUACAUACCUGUCCCAGUGGGCGUGGCUGGGCCACUACAUCUGGAUGGGAAGCAGUUCCAGGUUCCCAUGGCAACAACAGAAGGAUGUUUGGUGGCAAGCACAAACCGUGGUUGUCGAGCAAUCGCACUCAGUGGUGGAGCCAGCAGCUGCAUCCUGGCGGACAGCAUGACUCGAGGACCCGUGGUCAGGUUGCCAUCUGCCUGCAGGGCUGCCCAGGUCAAAGCCUGGCUGGAGAGUUCAGAUGGUUUUCAGACAAUCAAAGAAGCUUUCGACCACACCAGCAGGUUUGCUCGGCUUCAGAAACUUCUGGUCUGUCUGGCUGGAAGAAAUCUUUACAUCCGUUUCCACUCCAGAACCGGUGAUGCAAUGGGAAUGAACAUGAUCUCCAAGGGUACUGAACAUGCUCUCAGCGUCCUGCAGCAGCGCUUUCCUGAGCUGCAGCUGGUUUCCAUCAGCGGUAACUUCUGCACCGACAAAAAACCAGCUGCCAUAAACUGGAUUGAAGGCAGGGGCAAGUCUGCCGUCUGCGAGGCCACCAUACCUGCCAAGGUGGUCAGAGAGGUUCUUAAAACGACCACGGAGGCUCUGAUAGAAGUCAACAUCAGUAAAAACUUGGUGGGUUCGGCCAUGGCGGGCAGCAUUGGGGGCUUUAACGCACAUGCAGCCAACCUGGUAGCCGCCAUCUACAUCGCCUGUGGACAGGACCCGGCCCAGACCAUUGGCAGCAGCAGCUGCAUCACUUUGAUGGAGCCGUCAGGACCAACAGGGGACGACCUUUACAUCAGCUGCACCAUGCCCUCCAUAGAGCUGGGCACUGUGGGAGGGGGCACCAACCUGCCUCCCCAGCAAGCCUGCCUUCAGAUGCUGGGAGUGCAGGGAUCCAGUUUGGACUCUCCAGGUGAAAACGCCCGUCAGCUGGCCAGGAUCGUGUGUGCAACAGUGUUGGCUGGAGAACUGUCCCUGAUGGGAGCUCUGGCUGCAGGACACCUGGUCCAGAGUCACAUGAUUCACAACAGGUCUAAGGUGGACCUCACUAGGACUUCAGAAACCAGGACCAGAGCAGCUGAACGGGAACCAAUCAAUCAUCAAUAAAACAUGGUCUCAGAACCAUCCAGAGAGUCAAGCAUGUCUUCUGACCCACAGAUUAGAACCUGGACCACGGGUCAGCACCUGAACCGUGUCCAGAUUCUGACCCAUGCUACAGGUUCUGACCCACAAUCCAGGACCCACGUGGGCAGGAACAGGAGCCAACAGCAGGAUGUGCUCUGCAGCCGCCAUCUUUAAUUUUUUCCUCUCAAUGUUAAAAAGUUCUGAAUAAAAAGUUUUCUGACA